UACAGUAAUCUGCUUACUGCUACUUAGAAAUUUGACAAAUUUCGGUGAAAACAAAUAUUUUCCCGCGAGCUGUCAAGUCAGUGUCACCUGAUUACCUGACAGACAAUAAUUAUGGAUAAGGCUUCUCGUGCAAUAAGAAGGAGUGGUGUUAAGUUGCUGUCUCUGAGUGGUGGGCAUGGUGACCUUAAUGUACUUGUGUCUGAUAUCAAGGAUAUAAAGAAUUGUGCUAAAGCUUUCAUGAAUGCUCAGCACCUAGCCUCUCAGGAUAUGUCAAGAUGGGCUUCACAUGAAGAAAAUAGGGCUGUUCAGGAUGUUGUUUCAAAAAUUGCAGAGCUUUUGCAAUUGUGGUCAGAGGUACAGAAAACAUUUAUAGGAAAUUUAAAGGAUUACAGACAGUUGUUUGAAAUGAUUCUAGAAGGAGAAAAGAAUGUAUCACAGGCUAAAGAUAACUUGGAUUACUAUCAAGAAAAAGAAAUGAAAGGAAGGAAGGAGAUGAAGAAAGUUGCCAAGAGAGCAUCAGCAAUAGAACUAAGAAUAUUACAGUCUAGAGUUGAGAUGGCAGAGAAAGCUAGAGAAUGUGCUCAAGUUGAAUUAAAUGAGAGGUUGAGAGAAAAUGAAGCAGUAAAGCUGAUAAGAAUGAAAGAAGGGCUGUUAAAAAUGUCCUCAUCAUACAUUGAAAUGGCUAAUAAGUGUAAUACAAUAUUCAUGGCUGAACGGGACAUUGCUAUACAGUUACCAGAUGUACAUGGCAGAGAAAUUCAAAACAUCAAAUACUCUGGUUUUGACACUACACGUUUUAUUGUUGAAAAAGCGCGGGAUAAAGUGCAAUCAUAUUCCAGUUCAGAUGUAUCUAGUGAUCCGCCACCACCUUAUACUCCCCCAGAAUCAAGCAGACAGUCCAGUCAUCCAAACUCUGCUGAGGCAUCGGGAGUCCACCAUAGUUAUUCAGAUCAAAGACUUGCUCAAUCACAGGUUUAUGAUACACCGAAUGUUCAACCCACUUCUAACAAGCAUCGCCACUCGCUUCCAUAUGAUACAAGGCCUGUCCCAGGACGAAGGCAAAGCUGUGACCCUCGUCUGAGCUCAAGUUCAGACAGUAAUAUGUGCCAAAUGAACCAGAAUGCUGAGUGUUCAAACAUACCUACUGUAACCUCUAGUCAAUCAUUAUCGAGGGAAGGUGAUACAUACCCAUCUCAAGGCAUUAUGAGAGAAAAUUCAAGGAGCUCUGUAUCUUCACAUGGCUCUGUACAAGGUGUCGCAAACCUUGCACAAAACAUAGCCAGUUCAGCAGAAGGUAUGGCCUUCUCAAAUCAAGGUAGGGCCUCACCACAGACCGUGCCUCUUUCUGAGAAUCCAAAUCCUCAGCCAGUAGGUGCCUCGCAUAAUAUAAUACACCAACAGCCUUCAGAAACAAUUAUACAUACAAAUAUUGUUCAGAUAAGACAAGUUGUGGAUUUACCGCCAUAUGAAGAGGUUUGUAAUAAAUCAAGACAAAGUCUGGGACCAGAAUACAUGGCAGACUCCCAAAACUCAGAUAAGAUGGCUACAGAAUAUUCUUGCAGCAAUGCUGGGGUUGACCAGAACUUACAGUUUGCUGAUGAUGAUGAAGAUUCCAUUCCUGAUGGGGCCAGAAGUUUGAGACCUAUACCUGCUCCAAGAAGUUGCAGUUCUGGUGAAGGUUAUGCCACAGCUGAAGAGGACCAGGAUGGCAUUUCUAAGCAUAAUGAUUAAUAGGGACCUUGAACAUGAUAUUUGUGAAUCCUUGUCCCAGGCUACCAUGUGUAAUUUAUGAUCAGAGGUAAAUCCUACCAAAGUUUCUUCCAACAGGGACUACAGCUAACUCAGGACCACAGCUAACUUGGGACCACAGCUAACUCGGAACUAUAGCUAACAUGUGCUAAAGGUGCAUUUAAAUUUUAGUAAUGAUAGGUAAAAAUCAUCACCAUAUAACUUACAUAGACUGUGUCAACUGGGAUUUAAAAACCAAAAUCUAGAGAAAUGUAAAUUAGAAUUAUAGAAAUGUUUGUUUGGUUAUUGUUGUGAUGUAUAGCUUAAUUUCAAAUUGAUGACAUUUAUAAUUAAAUAUGUAUAUUGUAUACUUUUAAGAAUUACACUUACAAAUUUUACAGUAGUUACUUUUUAUUUUUUAAAGCAGGGAUACUGUAUAAUUAUUUUGUCUUCCAGUUUACAAUCAAAGUUAUAUAUUUAAAGGAGGUCCACUGAGGUCCAAAAGCCGAAAAACAUAAAAUUUUAAAUUCUGAAAUACAUUGUAGAUCAAAUGGGCGCUUACAAUUGAAUAUUAUGAAAAUUAUAAUAAAGAGUUAAACUCAGAAUUGAAUUUACAAUCAAUUUUGGUUUAAAUCUUAGUCUAAUUUAGUUAUAGCAUUUUAAUGCUUUUCAUUUUGAGGACCAUCAUUUUGCGCAAUAAGAAAAUAAAAAAUGAAAAAAAAAACAACUAAAUUUUAUCUGAAAUUUUAAAGUUAUUGGUCUGGACCUACAUCAUAUGGCACUUAAAUGUGAAAUAAAAAAAUCAGUCAUCUCAUGCCAUUAAAAAAUCAGUGGAGCCCCUUUAACACAUAAGAACAUUAUUGUAAAAAAAGGCAUCACCAUUUAUGCAUGUUUAUUAAGCUACUUGAUCUAUAUUCAAAGUUGGUUUUAAAAUUAAAUAUAAAUGUAUUUCUUUGUACUUGGUAAAAGAGAAUUAUUGGGAUAGUCAAAUUUAGACUAAGUCAGCUAUAAUGUAUAUUCAUUGUUUGUAACUCUUUUCUGAUGAUUGUCUCAACUUUAAUUCAUGAUAUAUAUUGGUUAAGCUAGUAUCAUAAUGAUGGUGUAACAUAUUGAUGGCCAACUUGAUUAAUUUGGAUUUUUUAUUAUGUGACAAGUUUUACAUUUUUUCUUAAAAAAAAAAAAUAAAAAGGAAAAAGUUGUGUGAAGAACUCUAUUCUAAUGUUACAGAAAAGCACUUUUUAAAAAGGUCAGAUAUUUUUCUUUUUCUGUGUGUGUGUUUUUAGCUCACCUGUCACAAAGUGACAGGGUGAGCUUUUGUGAUCGCCAUCGUCCGGCGUCCGUCCGGCGUCCGUCCGUCCGCAAACUUUUACUUUAAAUGACAUCUCCUCAUAAACCACUAAGCCAAUUUCAUCCAAACUUCACAGGAAUGUUCCUUUGGUGGUCACCUUUAAAAAUUGUUCAAAGAAUUUAAUUCCAUGCAGAACUCUGGUUGCCAUGGCAACCGAAAGAAAAAACUUUAAAUAUCUUCUUUUAAGAAACCCAAAGAGCUAGAGCUUAGAUAUUUGGCAUAAAACAUCUUCUAGUGAGUGUCUAUCAAGUUUGUUCAAAUAAAAGCCCUGGGGUCAAAAUUGGCCCCGCCCCGGGGGUCAUUGAUUUUCCCUAUAUGCAUAUAGUAAAAACUUAAAAAAAUCUUCUUUUAAAGAACCCAAAGAGCUAGAGCUAAGAUAUUUAGCAUGAACCAUGUUCUAAUAGGUGUCUACCAAGUUUGUUCAAAUAAAAGCCCUGGGGUCAAAAUUGGCCCCGCCCCGGGGGGGUCAUUGAUUUUCCCUAUAUGCAUAUAGUAAAAACUUAAAAAAUCUUCUUUUAAAGAACUCAAAGAGCUAUGGCUAAGAUAUUGAGGAUCAAACAUGUUCUAAUAGGUGUCUACCAAGUUUGUUCAAAUAAAAGCCCUGGGGUCAAAAUUGGCCCCGCCCCAGGGGGUCAUUGAUUUUCCCUAUAUGCAUAUAGUAAAAACUUAAAAAAUCUUCUUUUAAAGAACCAAAAGAGUUAGAGCUAAGAUAUUUAGCAUGAAACAUGUUCUAAUAAGUGUCUACCAAGUUUGUUCAAAUAAAAGCCCUGGGGUCAAAAUUGGCCCGCCCCAGGGGGUCAUUGAUUUUCCCUAUAUGCAUAUAGUAAAAACUUAAAAAAUCUUCUUUUAAAGAACUCAAAGAGCUAUGGCUAAGAUAUUUAGCAUCAAACAUGUUCUAAUAGGUGUCUACCAAGUUUGUUCAAAUAAAAGCCCUGGGGUCAAAAUUGGCCCGCCCCGGGGGUCAUUGAUUUUCCUUAUAUGUGUAUAGCAAAAACUUAAAAAAUCUUCUUUGAAAAAACCCAAAUAGCUAGAGUUAAGAUAUUAAGCAUGAAACAUCUUUUAGUGAGUGUCUACAAAGUUUGUUCAAAUAAAAGACCUGGGGUCAAAAUUGGCCCCGCCCCGGGGGUCAUUGAUUUUCUUUAUAUGUGUAUAGCAAAAACUUAAAAUCUUCUUUGAAAAAACCCAAAUAGCUAGAGUUUAGAUAUUAAGCAUGAAACAUCUUCUAGUAAGUGUCUACAAAGUUUGUUCAAAUAAAAGCCCUGGGGUCAAAACUGGCCUGGCCCCAGGGGUGUCAUUGUUUUUAACUAUAUGUGUUUAGUAAAAACUUAAAAAAAAUCUUCUUUUAAAAAGCCCAAUGAGCUAGAGCUUAGAUGUUUAGCAUGAAACAUCUCCUUAUGGGUGUCUACCAAGUUUGUGCAAAUAAAAGCCCUUGGGUUAAAUUGGCCCUGCAACAUUGGGGGUUGGGGGGCCUAUAUACAGGUGAGCGACCUCAGGGCCAUCAUGGCCCUCUUGUUUAAAUAUAAGUUUGUUAUAAAACAACUUUUGUUUGAAGUUUUCUAAAUGUUAUGUGUAUUGUAAUUAACAAUUGUGAUUAAUUCUAGAAAGGUUUGUGAAAAUCAUGACAUAAUUGAGACAGAAUAAAGUUUAUCAAACAUUAGGUGUGACAUGCUGUAAAAUUUAACAUUAAUGAUUAUUUUUCAUAAAUGUUUGAAAUUGUUCCAUUUCCAUAAGGACCAAUACCAGUGAAGUGAAUUUUAAAUUAUAACUAAUUCAUCAUCUGUCAGGAUAAUUACAGACAGAUCAUAUUUUUAGUUGUCGGUAUUGUGUUGUUUUUUGUAGUUGUUGUUGUUGUAGUUUUUUCAUUCAUAAAAAAAAAUGCUGUAAUCUGUAACUUUUUUUAUAAUUAUUUACAGUAAAUAAUGUGUUCAGAUCAAAGUUAUACCAUGAUAGCCUUAACUGAAUGAGAAUGUAAGAAUGAGUAACAAGGCCGGGUUUUAAACUUUAUAGAUUCAGUAGCUAUACUGACUUGUUUAUAACACAAGUCUCAAGCCAGGCCAGUCAAACGAUCCAAGUACCUUAAUCUGGCCUGGUACUGUAUUAUUAGCUUCACAAUUUUAUUCUUAUAAUAUCAAAUUCCCUUAAAAAUAUUGCAGAAUGUAAAGCAAUAAAAUGUUAACCAACAAAUCAUGUAUGGGUAGCCUAAUAUUUGCAUCGCAUGUUUAAUAUGCUAGGCCAAUAUUAGCCCUUUUACAAUUGCUUGCCUACCAGGAAAAUAAAAAAAGAUUGCUUUGAACCUAGCCCUGUUACUGGUGCAGGAUAAAUUAAAUGCUGUAUAUAUUAUACCAUGCAUAUUAAAGUGUAUCAUGCUGUCUUGUUAUAUUGUAUUACUUAAUAUAAAUGUAUCUUGUUAUUUUCUGUUUUUGAAAUUGGUGCUUCAUUUAAAUUAACAGUCAUAUAUUUUGUUUUCAUAUAUGCAUACAUUCUUGUUUUACAGGCAAAGUUUUAUCUUUAAAACAGUCAGUUGCUUUUAUUUGGGGUACAUCGCUUCUAGUUGCCAAGUGAUAUGGGAUAUUUUAUAAUGAAAUAGUAGCAUAAUAUCAUAUUUAUAUGUGAUAACAAUAUUUAGCAAUUUGAUGGCAAAGUUAUUUUUACAGCUUUCAAUCUGCACACCUACAUAUAUAAAUAAUAGUGAACCAUUUUUGAAGAAUUGUUUUUAAGGAAAACAAAAUUUGAGUUCAAGAAAUACAUAAUCCAGGACCAUGACUGUGAUGCUUUGCAUGAUUAAAAUUUACUAUAUUUCUGCCCAUUUACUAAUGGUUUAGGUCAUUUUGUUAUCAUAUUCAACACAUUGCAUAUUAAGUCAGAAAUUGGAUAUUAAAUGUCUUGACUGCACUUGAAAAAUUGUUGUCCUUUGACAGUUUUUUUAAUAUGCAGAUUUUUUUUCUAAAUUUUUGUAAAUAUGGCAUGAAUCUGUAGGUGUCCUGCUUUAAAUGAAUUUAUUACACUAUUAUUGUACAUCAUAUGAUAAGUACAAAGAAUGGAAAUUAUGAUAUUUUGUUUUGCUUUUCACAUUUAUUACCAAAAUAUUUUGAAUAUUUUAAAGAAA